AUGUCGAGGACGGGGGCUCUGCAUCUGGCUUCUGGCCUGGGAGGGAAGAUCAGCAAGGAGGAAGUCAAAUCAGCCGUCGAACAGUACGAGAAAUACCACGACCUUCACGGAGGCGAGGAAGCCAAAUCGAGGGCAUCCAACUAUGCUGAUGUGGCCAAUAAGUAUUACGAUCUUGUCACCUCCUUCUACGAGUACGGAUGGGGCGAAUCGUUCCAUUUUGCUAACAGAUGGGAAGGAGAAACUCUACGUGAGAGCAUCAAGCGGUACGAGCAUUUCCUAGCUUUGCAACUAGGCCUCACGGAAGGCAUGAAAGUGUUGGACGUGGGAUGUGGCAUCGGAGGGCCUCUCAGAGAGAUCGCAAAAUUCAGCUCUGCGCUGGUGACAGGGUUGAACAACAACGAGUACCAGAUCACGAGGGGCCAGGAGCUCAUCGGUUCAGCCGGCCUGCGUGAACGAUGCAACUUUGUCAAGGGGGAUUUCAUGGACAUGCCAUUCCCUGACGACACCUUCGACGCGGCCUACGCGAUCGAGGCGACGUGCCAUGCCCCUGACGCCGUUGGUUGCUACAGGGAGAUUCACCGUGUGCUGCGACCAGGGCAGCGGCUAGCGUUCUACGAGUGGUGCAUGACAGACCGCUUUGACCCGGGCAACCCCCGGCACGCGGACGCCAAGGCGGAGAUCGAGCUCGGCAACGGCCUCACCGACAUCCGCACCACCGCGCAGUGCGUCCAGGCAGUCAAAGACGCCGGCUUCGAGGUGAUCUGCGCCAAGGACGUCGCGGAGGACUCCCCGGUGCCGUGGUACCAGCCUCUGGACCCCGACGCCGCCGGCAGCUGGUCCUCGAUGACGAGCACCUCGGGGUUCCGGCUCAGCCGCGUCGGCCGCCUGCUCACCCGCGCCAUGGUGAAGGCGAUGGAGCGGCUCGGCGUCGCGCCCGAGGGCAGCGUGAGGGUGUCUGGCCUGAUGGAGACCGCCAGCGAGGGCCUUGUCAAGGGUGGCAGGACAGGGAUCUUCACGCCCAUGUUCUUCGUCUUGGCUCGGAAGAAGCCUGUCGCCAACUGA